UUCUUCUCCUACCCAUGCAUAUAUCGUCUGGUUUACGGCAUGUAGCAACGCCUUGAUUACUUUGACAGUCAGCUGCCAUCGUUCAGUUGAUCCCUGACCUGUCUCUCCUUCUCUCAACCGGCACAGACACCAGAAAUUCCACACUGCUCCUUGCCCCGUCCGCCAGACCCAAAACCUCUUCCAAGCUGCCAUGCCUCCCCAACACGUCGAGGUCGCAGAGACCAUCGCAGCACUGAAGCGAGCGCUGCGCCGAGAAAAGGAGGGCAAGUAACUAUCGACGCUGAGCUUCAGACCUUCCACUAAAAGGCCAUCCCAUUCCAGGUCCCACAGACCAACCUAUCUCGGCAGCCACCAACCGUGGCAACAAGCUCAAAUCCGGUGCCAGCUAUGUCCAUGCAGGUGCAUUACCAUACGACCAUCGUCCCGAUGGCUACAAACAGGCAUGCUCCAUCCCGCGGCUCAUUGGUUGUCUCAUAAGUGCAUUGCUUAUCAACGUCUGCGUAGAGAAUCGAACACGCUGGUUAUACCCGAUUCAUUCUGGAGCGCAAUCCUCGACGCUUCAAUGGGAUUGGAGAUGAGCUGGGUGACAGCGAAAGUGACACCGAAGCUGACGAAGACGCCCAAGCCGAGAACCCCUACAGCAAUGUUCGGAUUGAAGAACUCUUACGCCCUAUUCAGCACCCCUCCGAACUCGCCACACAUCCCACUCUGUCUUUGCCCUUUCUCGACCCUGCACUCCCCGAGAUGCUUAGAUCUACCGAGGAGAAACUGCGCCAGGAACGAGCAAAUCUCUGGCGUGCUAAAAAUCUGAACAGACAUUUCAUUGGCGAUGAGUCUUGGAUUCCAGUAGGUGCCAUUGAAGGGAUAAAUGAUUGGGAUUUCUUUGAACCAAGAUCAAAACCUCUCCCUGAGCCAGCAAACAAGAAAAGAAAGAUCAGCGUCAACAACCAGACCUCUCGCAACGGAAUGAACGGACUAGAUCAUUCCUACCAACAGGUUGUCCACUCCCCCUUAGCCCAGGCUCUCGAGGCCUCGAACAAAGGCACGGAGAAUACUAAGCCCUCCACGAUGCAAGAAGAUUCCUCCGGACAUCACCAGCCCAUGAAUGGCGUCCGCAAAGACACGGAAGAUAUCAAGGACCAGGACGUGACCACACCUGAGUCAAGCGCCCUCACCAUUGACCAGACUAGUCAGUCAAACGAGCAGCAGGAAGAUGUUCAAGACGACUCCGUCCAGAAAACCUCCCCCCCUCCAACUCGGCGUAUCACUCGUGCACUUGCCGCUGAACAGGAUGGCUCUGGUUUGGCAUCGGCCUCAAGCUCAUCGCCUGAAUCCACCGCCUCGUCUUUGGACCACUCUUUGCUGCAACCCGACCCUUUCUUCCUCCCACCACCUUCUUUCGCAGCUUCACAUCGCAACCCCUUGCAUCUAGCGCGAAUUGGCCUACCGGUAGACGAGUUCCUCGAAACACGCCGGCUGCUCACAAUGUACAUACAGAAGCAGGAAGAGAGCGUGCGCGGCUAUGAGGCAUUCCUGGGCAAACUUAUUCGCGCAAAGCGCAUGCGUGACAAAGUCUGGGAAUGGUGCAAGGCCGAAGGACAUGUCGGGGAAUGGUCGGACGGAGAGGACUGGAUCGAUUCCGAGGCAUGGGGCCUGGCUCCAGACGAGCUGAAAAAGGGCAAGGACGAGGAAGAGGUGGACGGACAAGAGGAUACCGGACGCAAAGUCAAGAGGAGGCGCAGAGACUAGGAAUUGGCUGCGCAGCUUUCCGAGACUGGGGAACGGGCGAGUGAACCUGUGUAUUCCCUGUUUCAAGGACGUUAUGAGCUACGUGCACGGACAGCCUUUAGCUGAGACAAGAGGAACCCGAGCGUUUUGCAUUGUUGAGACAGCUCAUCAGCAUCGAUCUAGCUAAUCUUGACGCAUGAAUGGUAUGACAACAUUUGAUGAAUAAAAGGAAUGAAGAAUAGACGCGGGAUCUGCCACGUCUACUUGCUGCUGAGCUAUAACAUUCUCGUGUGGCAGCCUCUCGCUUCUCACUCGAAUUUAGUGAGAUUUUGAUCUGGCG